AUGAACCAACGCCAGUUAAGUCCAAUGCAGUGGGAGCAGCAGCAGCAGCAACUGCAGCAGCAACAGCAACAACAACCGCAACAGCAACCGCAAGAGCAGCAACAGCAACAGCAACCGCAAGAGCAGCAACAGCAACAGCAACCGCAAGAGCAGCAACAGCAACCGCAAGAGCAGCAACAGCAACCGCAAGAGCAGCAACAGCAACAGCAACAGCAAUCGCAAGAGCAGCAGCAACCACAGCAGCAACCGCAAGAGCAGCAGCAACCACAGCAGCAACCGCAAGAGCAGCAGCAACCGCAACCGCAACCGCAAGAGCAGCAGCAACCACAGCAGCAACCGCAAGAGCAGCAGCAACAGCAACCGCAGCAGCAGCAGCAUUGCUGUCGUGUGCAUGGUAGUGGAGGAAAAGAAGAAAAAAGACCAAAUUGGACUUUAAUACUCAAAAAAUACGAAGAAGAACAAGAAGCAUUACAUCAACGAAUCAGAGAAGGAACAGACAAGGCACCGCCACCAACUCGUUAUGAUGUACAGAUGGCCUUCCUAUUAGCACAUAGGAAACAACUGCAUCUUGAUGAAUAA